AUGGCUUCUCCUCUCUGUACAUGGCUUGUUGCAGCCUGCAUAUCUGCAACUUAUGACAAACACUACUCCAGAAAAAUUUCUGUGUUUGGUUCUCCGAAGAGGCCUAGGAAGUUCAUGUCCCACUAUAUCAAUGCCGGAAAAACUGAGGGUAUGGCUUUGAAUCCCGCUGAAGAAGUCAGAAGGAGGAAGAAACCAUCCAUAGAGCGACGGGUUGUGGUUACAGGAUUGGGAGUAGUGACCCCAGUUGGUCAUGAUCCAGACAUGUUCUAUAACAAUCUCCUUGAAGGAGUCAGUGGAAUAAGCGAGAUAGAGGGUUUUAAUUGCUCUGAGUUUCCAACGAAAAUUGCUGCACAAAUCAAAUCCUUCUCAGCAGACGGAUGGGUCUUACCCAAGUUCUCCAAGAGAGCAGAUAACUUCGUGCUAUACUUGCUCACUGCUGGUAAGAAAGCAUUGUUAGAUGGAGGAAUCACAGAAGAUGUUGCUGAGGAGUUGGACAAAAGCAGAUGUGGAGUUAUAAUAGGCUCUUCUUUAGGAGGCAUGCAGGUGUUUAGUGACGCCAUAGAAGCAUUGAGGGUUUCGCACAGGAAGAUGAAUCCUUUUUGCGUACCGUUUGCAACAACGAACAUGGGUUCUGCCCUACUAGCAAUGGAUUUGGGAUGGAUGGGCCCCAACUACUCCAUCUCAACAGCUUGUGCCACAAGUAACUUUUGCAUGCUGAGUGCAGCAAACCAUAUAGUUAGAGGUGAAACUGACAUGAUGCUCUGCGGUGGGUCUGAUGCAGCAAUAAACCCAAUCGGCUUGGCAGGUUUUGUGGCAUGCGGAGCUCUUUCAAAGAGGAAUGAAGAGCCAAAGAAGGCUUCACGUCCGUGGGACAGUGAUCGCGAUGGAUUUGUUUUGGGAGAAGGAGCUGGGGUGUUGCUCUUGGAGGAAUUAGAGCAUGCUAAGAGAAGAGGUGCAACAGUAUAUGCAGAAUUUCUGGGAGGAAGCUUCACAUGUGAUGCAUAUCAUUUGACUGAGCCUCAUACUGAUGGUAUUGUUCUUUGUAUGGAAAAGGCGUUGGCUCAAUCAGAGGUUGCCAGAAGGGAUAUAAAUUACAUAAAUGCACAUGCUGCAUCCACACCAUCUGGCGAUUUAAAAGAAUAUGAAGCAGUAAGUCAAUGUUUUGGAACGAACCCAGAGUUAAGGAUGAACUCCACAAAAUCCAUGGUCGGCCAUUUACUAGGAGCCUCUGGAGCUGUGGAAGCUGUUGCAACAGUUAAGGCAAUAAAGACAGGAUGGAUCCAUCCAAACCUCAACCUUGUGAACCCAGACAAAAAUGUGGACACAAGUUUCAUUGCUGGUCCAGUGAAGGAACGUUUGAACAUCAAGGUGGCUCUCUCAAACUCGUUUGGUUUUGGAGGACACGGCUCAUCCAUCCUGUUUGCACCUAUCAAUUACGGGUGA